GCAGAGAGAGAAUGGGAGCAGGGCCACGGGGCCCACGAGGGCGUAGGUCUGGCCCCUGCCUUCCAUAUUCUCCGCGAAGCGGCGGGACAUCCUCCGAGAUGCACCGACCCGAGACCCUGCGUUGCACCACCAGGCCGGCGCCUCCUGCGUGCCCUUGAGGGCCAGCGAACCCUCCAGACCCGGCUGGUGACGCCGGCGCCCCAUAAAUUCCAGAGUUGCAGGAUGUCGAUAACAGACUUGCUCAGCGUUGAGGACAUCAAGAAGGCAGUGGGGGCCUUUGCCGCUGCGGAUUCCUUCGACCACAGAAAGUUCUUCCAAAUGGUCGGCCUAAAGAAAAAGAGCCCGGAUGAUGUGAAGAAGGUGUUCCACAUCCUGGAUAAAGACAAGAGUGGCUUCAUUGAGGAGGAUGAGCUGGGAUCCAUCCUUAAGGGCUUUUCAGCGGAUGCCAGAGACCUGUCUGCUAAAGAAACCAAGACGCUGCUGGCUGCUGGAGACAAGGAUGGAGACGGCAAGAUUGGGGUCGAUGAAUUCUCCACUCUGGUGGCUGAAAGCUAAGAGGCUCUGACUGCCCCAGGUCUCCCACCUCUCUACCCCAAACCCCCAAUCUCAGCCCCUCUUGCUGCCCUCCUGCGUUUCUGUUCAGUUUGUUUAUGUUAUUUUUUACUCCCCCGGUCCCCCUCCGGCCCUCAAAUGCCACCAUUCUUCUGGAAAAUGCUGGAGAAACAAUAAAGGCUGUACCAAUUGGAUUCUGCUGCUCAGGAGGAUCCAAGCCAGG